CGCCCUUCGUCCUACAUCACCCAAACAAACGCAACACUCUGUCGAAUCUCUUCCACAAACCACACCCACACGUUACAAACCAACACUCAGAACCAAACGACAAGAGCGGAAUAGGACAGCAAAACCAAAAGUCCUCCACAAUGACCUCCACAAACCCCGACCCCUCCGCCGCAGCCCCGGCCUUCAUCCCCCUCGAAGCCAACCCGGAGCUCAUGACCUCCCUCCUCCACAAGCUCGGCCUCUCCCCGGCCCUCCAGAUCCACGACGUCUACUCCCUCACCGACCCGGACAUGCUCUCCUUCGUCCCGCGCCCCGCCCUCGCCGUCCUCCUCGUCUUCCCCGUCAGCGCCGCCUACGAGAGCCACCGCCUGGCCGAGGACGCCCUGCUGGACGAGUACAAGGGUAAAGGCCCGCAGGAGCCCGUGCUGUGGUUCCGCCAGACGAUCAGGAACGCGUGCGGCCUCAUGGGGUUGUUGCACGCUGUUGCUAAUGGGCCUGCGAGGGAGUAUAUCCAGAAACCAUCCGACCUCAACACCCUACUCGAAACAGCCGAACCCCUCGAACCCGUCUCCCGCGCCCAGCUCCUCGAGAAGACGCCCGCCCUCGCCACGGCGCACCGCGAAGCCGCGUCCCAGGGCGCGACCGAGGCGCCCGAGGCCUCGGACGACGUGGACCUGCACUACGUCUGCUUCGUGCGCGGCGACGACGGCACGCUGUGGGAGCUCGACGGGCGGCGCAAGGGCCCGCUGAACCGCGGCCAGCUCGAGUCCGGGGAGGAUGUGUUGAGCGAGAAGGCGCUGACGUGGGGCCCGCGCAAGUUCCUCGAGAGGGAGGGCGCGGAUUUGCGGUUUAGUGCUGUUGCGUUGGCUGGGUCUCUUGAUUGAGAGGUCGAGGUUGGGUGAUGGAACAGGUAUGGUAUGUCAUUUGGCGUUUAGGUUAGGCGUGGUUAAAUUAUUCUCUGUUAGCUCUAGAAGAAUGAAAUGAAGAUUUGAGGACG